AUGCAAGCUAAAGUAGGUUGUGGAGCAGUUUGCAGACAACAAACUUUAAGGAAAUGUAUAAACUUCAAUUUCAAUCUCCUGAACUUUCAACACAGGCCUCCUUCUGCCUACCUUCUGCCUCCACCAGAAGGCACGGUACGCACACAAGGCGAUCCAGUGCUGUACCAAGCGACAUCAAGCGGACGCAUUCGUCCUUGGAUACAUGCCUCUACCCCGACAAUGGCAUCGCCGUCAUCGUUAGUUCCUGAGGCUGCGGGUGGUAAGAAAAGGUGCCGUCGCGCCCUGAACCUGAAAGAAAUUGCGGCAAUUCUUCAGGACUCAGGCAGCGACGGCGAAAACGAUGACGAUGAAGAGGGCGGUGAAGGUGACAUUGAUAUCCCGGACUUUGUUCGUCUUCGCCAAGCAGCCCGCAAUUCACGAAACGUGCAUGUCCGGGAUCAGCGAAAUAUGUUUGAGGAUGAUGAUGAUGAAGAUUUGGUAAUGUGUGAUGAAAUUGAUACGAGGAGUGCCGUAGAGUGUGAAAAUGACGAGAAUGAAGAAGAGAAUGAAUGGCAUGUGAAUGUGCAGGAAAGAGCGAGAGAGAAUGAGAAUGAAGAGGCAUUGAUGGAAGACGAAAGAACAGAGAAUGAAAGAAUAGAGAAUGCGGAUGGAAGGAGAGAAAUGAGAGGAAUGACAGGGAGCUCUGGAGCAGCUGCACCUGUCGAUACGACUUUCUUCUGGUCGGAAGAUUUUACAUCUUUUACGGCUCAGAAGGAAACGUAUUUGCGCGUGCCCGGCCCAACUUUUUCUUCCCAAGAUCCCACCGCUAUCUUUUGUAAGAUCUGGGAUCGUGAAUUUAUGGAGACCAUUGUCAGAGAGACAAAUGAAUAUGCAUGUGAAAUAAUCUCUCAGCUCUCCGACCCUGAUAUUGGUGGUAGGAUUCCAAAUUACUUGGAUUCCUGGACCGAUACCACGGUUGAAGAGCUGUAUAGAUAUUUUGCCGUGCUAAUUUAUUUAUCUUUUUUGCUAUCGUUCCAAAAUUCACGAGUACUGGGACACGGAGAUCUUGGAAAUGCCUUCAUUCCGCAAAAUUAUGUCGCGGACUAG